UUCGCAACGGUGUAAACAUACGAAAAUAAUUCUUACAUUUGUUCGUUGAAAAGCGCACAAAUUGACACGAGAUUUAUUUUUCGGUAGAACUGGAAUUAAGCUCGUUAAAAUCAAAUCCGAUUUCAAUUCCCGUUCAGAAUAACGUUUUUGUCUCGUUGCCAAAUAAUCUGUCUGCUUUAAUCAAUUUUAAAUCCGCGCUGCGCGUAUAAAAGCGAGACGAUGCGCGAAGCGCUACAAAUCAAGACGCAAUUAAAAUUUCGCCGCGGGCUUUUUCGAGCAUCUGGAAAUGCGACGCGGCUCCUGAAAUUCGCGCGGAAGUAUCCUAAUUUUCCAUCAGAGUGGCAUUGUAACACCUGGCUGAAAUUCGCGCCUGCGUGAUGACGGGGCCUCGCUCCAGCCCUCAUAAGACUUUCGGUGCGAGGGUGCAAUUUAAACUUUGGCCCAGUAGUCAAUCAACCCCUUGACGAACGGACGAUCCGAAGAAAGUCAGUGAGUGGCAAAGAUAAAUUUAAUUUGCGCGACUCGAUAUUGUUCGCGCAAAUGGUGCGACUUGUGCCGCCAAGUUCGGUGCAUUGCUUUCAAAAUAAGAGACUCGUAAGAAUUGCAUUUCGAUCGUAAUUCAAGAAUAAGAGGCAUCGAUUGCGAUAAAGUGUUUUCCGGAAGAGCAGAUCAUAAACGUGAACACGAUCAUGGUCUUGAGCGGAACGCUCACAGACUCCAAUUUCUUGGCUAUCACAUCGUUUAAGAUCAAAUUUAAACCGCCUCUUCCCAAAUUUCGAUCUUUGACGAUGGUAGGCGAUCGUAGAGUGAAGCUCGUGGCGAGCAAUGAAACUACCACGUCGAUGGACACCGGCGACAACAACCACGUUGUCUCCACUGUACAACCGACCACCACUCAGCAAAAAGUUCGACGAAUCCUCGAGGAGCAGGCGAGGUGGCAAGAGAACGAUUCACGUAGACGCGUUAAGUGCACAUCGGGCACUACUUGCUGCGUGGUUAACAACUACAGUAUCAUUGCCUCUAGAGGCGAACUCGCUCGAAAUAACUGCACCGUGAACGAAACAACGGCGACUAGCGUCAUCGCCAGGAAACGGGCAUCGUCGAUCGUCAACGGGAGAAUCCAGUCCAAGGAAGAGACUGCUCGAACCGGCAUUCUCGCCCAAGAGGAAUCAAAAGGAUCUAAGAAUAUAUCGAAGGAUUCGACAAGAUCGAGAGGCAUCCAGCGAGGAAUAAUCAAGUCCGCUUCCGUUCCGAAGGAUUUGAAGGAAAGUCUUCCAGCGAGAGAGAGAACAUUACAGCGGGUGUCGGGGGAGGGCAUCUUGAAGAGAUCUUCCGCCUUCCUGACGAGCUUAGCGCAUCAUCCCUCCAGCAAGCUCGCCGAGAGGAACUCCCUAGACGAUAAGUCGACCAAGUUUCUCAGGCCGACCGAUAGCUACGAGCUCCACGGUUCCUCGUCCUCGAGAUAUUCCGGGUUAAAGGAAUAUUUCUCGACCCUGACAAACGGCGACGCUCAAGUACGUGUUCUACGGCAAUCGCCCAGCGUUCAGACCUUGUCUACGAGCUGGAAGAAAAAAGGCGUCGGAGUGAAGAAAUCGGUCUCCUUUAGCUCCGACACCAGCUUCGAGGAAAAACGUGCACCGUAUCGAAAGACUGCCGUCCACGAAGCUAAGGUCUAUCGCAAGGGCGUGCUUCAAGAUCGCGUACGCGAAGAACCGAUUAAGACAAAAGUGCCACCCUCGUGGGAAAUACCCUCCGGGGGCCCUACGGCCCUACUGAGGGCUGCCAGAGAGGCGGACGACACCGGUCUCAAAGAGAUCGUCGCACAAGCCCGAAAAGUAGGACUAAAGGGUAUGGAUGUCAACGUAGUCGACAGUAGCGGCAGGACAGCCAUAAGCUACAUGGCUGGGAACGGUGCAUCGACAAUGCUGGAACUGGCGCUCUCCUUCGAAGGCGUGGAUCCGAAUCUGCCCGACAACGAGGGUAACACGCCGCUUCAUUUUGCCGCUCAGGCCGGACAGACCGAAUGCCUCAACAUCCUCCUGCAGAGAUGUCCGGAUAUCGAGGUAGAUGCUAGAAAUACCUUGGGUUUCACGCCGCUUAUGAAAGCCGCCCUUCAAGGCAGAACCAAAUGCGCCAAGAUUCUUCUGUUUGCUGGUGCAAAUCCUACAUUACGCGAUCACGGUAGAGGUUUGCGUGCCGAACAGUGGGCAAGAUUCUGUGGUAGAUAUAUGUGCGCCGAGGUGAUUGAGAGAUUCGCGAAACAUCGUUUGUUGGAGAGGACAACGUCCUGUCGUUGGGGCAGCGAGCCCGAAUUGGCUGCGAAAAUAUUACAAGGAAAAGUGAUACCCAUACCUGCGACGCCUCUACCGCAACCUUCCUCAGGAUUGAAGUCGAAAAUAAGAAAAGUAUUUCGCACUACCUCAAGUCCAGAUCGAACUUUCUCUCUGGUAUCACAACUCACCAGCGCGGCUCUCUGCGCGAGUAGUCCAGCUCUGCCAAAACCAUCACCUGUUGUAAAGAGUCUUCUGCGACCACUGAGUGUACCUCAAUUAAGGGUGACAUUGGUUUCGCCGCAGGAUUUCUUGGAGAAAACUUCGGAAAAGUACGGAACAAAUUUUACGGAUAAAAUUGAAAAUUCCAUCGCGAAACCGCUGCGCUCGAAAAAGAAGAGCAAGUAGUUUAACGCGAAGCUAUCGCGAAUUCGAGCUGCGUUUAGUCGCUCGUUAUGCGUUGAACAAUCGAGAGGAAAGAUGACGCAAGUAUGCUUGACGUAAGACAGCGAGAUGAAGAUAGUGAAGUCAUCUAUUUGAGAUCAUUUAUGUGUUACCCGAUUUCACUAUUACCUAUAAUCAAACAGUCGAGCGUCAUCCGGAACCGCGAAUCUUUAAGUAGAUCUCAUAGGUUUCCCGGUUUUACCUCGCCAAGAAAACAUUAGCGAUGCAUUUCUCGGAUGUGAAUGUUCGCGAA